UGGUGCGCACUCAGGCUCACUUUUACGCAUCACUGCCUCGUUAUUGUCAUCCAUCCCAGAGCAGGACCAUGCUGUGUGCGGCUUUAUUGUAGAUUAGAAUAAAGGUUAAAUUACUUUGAAACUUAAAAAAUAGAUAACUAGAUUGAAGAUACAGCAGGUUUGUCAUGGACGCGCACGGAUGGAGCCCUUCCGCGCGUCUGGACUUUGUCCUGCUGUGCGGAUAUUUGUCCAUCCUGUGCGGCGUGAUGGUGGUCCCCCAAGCCGAGGCUGGCUGCAGGGAGAGGGAGAGCCCCAAUUGCUGCACCGGGAGAAACAACGACUGCUUUGAGUUCACCAGGAGGAAGACCGUGUGCUACUGUGACACGUACUGUCAGAAGACUGGAGACUGCUGCGAGGAUUACCAGAGCGUCUGCCAAAUAUCUGUAGCCAUCGACUGUGUGGUGGGCUCAUGGGGUCCGUGGUCCUCAUGCACGUCUCCAUGUGGAGUGGGCAGCACGGAAAGAAGCCGCCAAGUGUCCGUCCCUCCUCGAAACGGGGGGACCCCCUGCCCGGACCUCAAACAGCGCAGAGGGUGCUUUGGAAACAAUGAAAUAUGCAGCACGGCAAAAGAGGUGGCAAAGAUCCUUCCAGAUUCCUUCAAGAGGAACUUUAAGGACCCUUGGAGGAGGCCUCACAUGUUGAUGAAGGACGAGAAGGCCAGCUACUGCAUAUAUUUUAGGGUGAAACAAGCGAGCAUGGCGUGCAAAUUCAAACUAUGGAGUGCUCAGCUGGUGAGAGAGAGGCUUGUGUGUGCAGAGUGCCAGAGUGACGCCAUGUCCAAGUCAGACCGAUGCGGAGGAGAUGGCCUGGAGGGCACCAGAACCUUCUGGGCAGCAGCUUCCGUCGUAGGUUGUCACGGCUCGUGGAUGCGAGAGUCGUCGUCUGAAGGCUGCCGGUGUCCACCUUAUUCUGUCCUCUUUGUGUGACCGGCCGCAGGCCCCAGCACACGUCCACGUAGAGGGACCCGUUUGUCCUCAAACAGCUCAUGCAAAACUCUUGCAGAGCCUUGCCGGUCAAGCCCACGGAUCCAGAAUCUCUGGAACGGAUGGGUUUACUCAAGGAGCUCAGCAGCAUCCUGCCACUCGUUUUUGUAUCUUCCACCUCAUACUCAACCGUACUGUAUUACUUUCUACGCACGCAGCUGUCCUUGCUUCAUAUUUUACUGCCACAUUGUUGUACUUUCUCUCCUCCAAAGCACACCAACCUCCAUUGUGCAUUUUUUUUACCUCUUCUGCUAUCUACCUCCAUAAAUGACAACGCGUAAUAUGCAAAAAAUAUGAUUUAGCUUUAUGCAUGUAAUACUCUUGUCAUGUGUAAUGUAAUAUAGCUUCAUGUAUACACGCCUUUUCACAGUUUCACAGUUUAAGGCCCGAUUCUUUUUUCUUUUUCUUCAUAGUAAAACAGUGGAACCUCUAAAGUUGAAUGAAGUCGUACAAAUUCUGAUAAAGUUAUAUCUCUAAAGCUGCACCAAAAUCCAGAGGUUGAACUGUACUGGCUGUUUUUGUGUUUUUGUUGUUGAUGAUGAUGAUGAUGACCAUAGAGAAGGAAAGGGAAAGCAGUAUAUAUUUGUCCUGGCUGCUCAGUACAAAAUGGCUAAGUUGACACUAAUAAUAAUAAUAAAAGAAGAAGAAUGGAAUGUACGUACAUCGCAAAGUGAGAUCUUCCUGGGCAUGUCUGUCAUCCACAGUCAUCACGGGUGAGUACAUAUUUUAUUGUUAAUGACUUUAACUGUUAUUGUAGUGAUUAACUUCUUUUUACACUUGCAUGAUGGUAAAAUGUGUGACAUUUUUAUACUGCAUCCACAUACAUGACUUUUCCCCACCAAAUUAGUCAUAAUAUUCCAAUAUUUUUUAGCAAAAUGUCCACCUUAUAGCAAAAUUGGAAUGUCCCCUAUACUCUAUUAAUCUGAAUAUACGACAAUCACUCUUUUAAUAUGAUAUAUGAUAUGAUUAUAUAUUUCUAAUAACUCCGCCCGUCAACCUUUGAACCUUUGAGACACUUUUUAAGCAGGUCUCUUUUCGCAGCUGCAUCUCCAGGUCAUUGAUGUGCGAGUGAGUGACAGGAAGAAAAGCUCUGACUCACUAAGGGAGAUGUGGUUUGUAUGUACUGUAUAAAUAUGUAUAAGGUGUUUUUUUUAGACUUUUUUAAUAAUAAAAAUAAUAUGGUACUUUGGUAACAAAGUACACAAAAUGACAGUAGUUAAUGAGGAACGAACCUCCCUAAACCUAACCGGUACUCAUUAGUUCCUCAUUGGUUCUUCAUUAGUUCCUCAGUAACUACUGUAUUUUUUGUGUACUGUAUUGUAUAGCCUUCAUAUCAUCCUUUGUUGUUUUUACAUUAUCAACAGUUAACUCCGGGACUCACACUGAAUCCGUCGCUGCGCUGUUGCAGCCACCGGGAGCGUUCCGCAACAUCUCAUAUCAUAUCUAUCAUAUCAUCAGCAUAUCAGUACAAGUAAUUGAUAAUACAGUGACGAUUUGGAUGAUAUCUAUCAACAUCGUACCGUCAAAGAACAAACAAGAAGUAAUUCAACGCUAUUUAAUAAUAAUCAACGUACUCAUCGAAUGAAGUCAGAAGGCAACAAAACACCCACAAAAUUCUACAACCCCACGGCUGUGCAGGCAAAUACUGCUAUUGUUUACAAGAACUUCCUAUAUACAAAGCUAGUUAUUGCAUGAUCAUCAGCCGGAGCGGACACUCGCCGUAGUUUUUACCAGAGUCAAUGUGAGUGGCGCUCUGUGGCAAGCUGGACUGGCUCAGGACCAGAGCCACAACUGAUUCAGUGUCAGCCUGCAGUAACUUCUUUUUACAUGUGUUGAAUGUUAAAACUUUCUUUUAAACGGUUUAUCCAAUUUGUAUGGUAGCGGCACUUCGACCCUGGAAGAGGUUUUUUCUAUUAACAUUUCUAUUUGCUGUGGGGAAAAUUCAAAUUCAUUGAAAAUAUCAAUAAAUCAUUUCAUCUUAGGGGUUCCAUCGCUGUUUUGCCCAUUUAAUUCAAUACCGAUAUCACACUCUUAAAAAUGCUGGGUUGUUUUUUUGACCCAACCGCUGGGUUGAGCCUGUUGGGUCAUUUAAUUGGGUAAUUUUUAUUGAAUUGGGUAUUCUGAGAACCCAAUUCGCUGGGUUAUCUCUGUUGGGUGCUACGUUAUUUG